ACUACGUGGGAUGUAAACAAAUAAAGGCAGUCAAAUUGUCAUUCAGAAAGUCUGUGCAUUGAGAAGUUACUAUUUAAACGUAGUAUCAUCACGUAUGCUCAUUUUCUUACCAUGAUGUCACUCGGGAAUAUUGUAUUUGUUAUAAUCUUGAGUAUUCAGAUUAGAAGUCUUGCUGCUGCUGCAGUAUCAUUACAGCAAAAUGAAUUCGACGACUUCGUGAAAACGCAAGACAUUCGUUGUGUUUAUUUUCAAACUAAAGAUGCGCCAACAAUUUAUCCAUCAUUUUUGGAAGAAUUUGCGAAGUCUGGCAACAGUCUUGAGUCUUAUGGAGUUCAGUUAGGAAAGGUGGAUUGCUCAAUUGACAAAUCUGUUAAAUACUGCUCAAAUAUAAAAGUACCCAGUUUACUGUAUUCAGGAAUGGAAAGCUCUUGAAAAAACUUCCAAUCAGCAGCAGAUUAAAGAAUGAACAUGCAAUUGUUGCUAACAUAUUACACAGGUUUUUGUUAAAAGAUGAGCUAAAUGUGGUGAAAACUGCUGAUGAUUUUGAAGCAAUUUUAUCAAAAGCAAAAGGAAAAGAAAAUCUUAUUCUUGUUAACGUUAAAACUAUUGAAAUGAGAGAGCACCGCAAUCUUCUGGAAGUUGCUUUUGCUUACGGAGACUCUUUUAAGUUUUAUCUCUCAUCCAAACUUCCACGAGAUAUGUAUGGCGAUGAAAGUAGUCUAAAAGCAUUCCUUUGUAAAGAAAAGGACUGUGCUGUCCGCCAUUACGAUGGAGAAUUUAAAGUCAUUUCGUUGGCCUCUUUUAUUCAGUCGUUAACUUUACCAUUGGCUAUUAUUUUGGAUCAAGAUCAGAAAAUACCGUAUGCUGAUGAAAAUCUGGUCUCGAUUCCAAUCAAUCAGGUGUUUAUGUUUGUCAGUAACAUAGAUGAUACUGAAAAAUAUCGCAGCGAACUGGAGGAUGUUGCUAAAAACAUGAAAUCUGCCGUCGGUUUCAUUGUUGUGCUCGUUGAACAUCAUCCGACCUUUAUCAGACAGUUUGGUUUGGCUGAAGAUAGCCAUUAUCCUGCACUUGGUUUUGUUCCUGGACAUAAAUCAAAGUUGGAUGAAGAAGAAUUUUCUUAUGCUGACGUGUUUACCUCAUCUGAAGCAUCUCUUGUUACUGAUAAACUUGCGGAUUUUGUUUCCAACUUGAUCACUUCUCCACAACGUGUAGCUGAUCAAGAUGAAAAUAGAUCUUUUACCGUCAACUUCCCCAUGGAAUAUUUGAGAUUGCUCAGGGAUUUAGACGCAGAUUAUAUGUUGGUAGCGAUUUGCAAAUCAUCUGUUGAAGUUUGUGGUGAUUUCAGCCACAAUUUUCAACGAUUGAGUCGAACGUUUGAUCGUCAUUUUCGUCGACGUAACACAGGGAAGAGAAACAUAAAAUUUUCGUUUAUUUAUACUGAACGCGAUAUGGAUCCGAAAUUUGAAAUCAAAUCGUAUCCGACCGUACGGCUACACAAAAAAGGAGAUCCAGUAACUAACUUUCUGCCAUUGGAAGGUCCUUAUUAUUAUGAUCAACUGGUUGAAUUUGUUCAAGCAGAAAUCAAUGAAAAUGAUGUAAUAAUGUUGCCAAAAAGUUUUUUGGAUCAUGCUGAUUUGGAACGCGUUUCAGAAGAUGGAAACACGGUUGUUGGUGAUGUUCAUGAUGCAGAAACAUCUGAAAGAACAAACGAGGAGGAUGAAGAACAAGAAGAACGACCGCCUGAAGAGCUAGAAGAUGAUGAAGUGGCAGUUGCUGGUUACGAAAUUUACUACACAAAAGCUGUAAAUGACUCACACGUACCUAAACUGAAUGAUACAAGCUUUAACAGAACUGUGACAAAAUUUGAUAUUUCUGUCGUUUUCUUCUUUCUACCAUGGGAUGCAAGAAGUCAAGCAUUUUCCCCUUCCUAUGCUGGUGCUGCAAAAAAAUUAGUUGAAACUGAUGGCAGUGAUGUGAAGAUAGGUGUGCAUCAAGUGAAUUGCUUUGAUUGGGAAGAUGUUUGUGGAAAAGAAAAUAUAAUAAGCUAUCCAACCAUAAGAAUUUACAGACGAAAUCAGCUACCAAUAGAUUAUAAUGGUAUUUUGGAUGAGACGAGCUUGAUUAAGACUGUGAAAUUACUCCAAACAAUAUCACCAGUGAAAUUGCCCUCCGAUGGUGAAGUUAAUGGUUUUAGGGAUGGUGAAUAUCCAAUGCCAUCUAUAUUGUAUACUGAUGUAUCAAUCAUCGGGUUGUUUUCUGACGAGAAUAGUGAACAUGUAGCCUUCAUCUCCGCUGCUCAUAAAAUGGAAGGACAGUUUCUGUGUGGAUAUGUUGUUGGAAAGAUUGCUUUUGAUAUGGCAUCACGUUUUGGUGUAAAUGUGCCGAGCAUAGUUUUGAUUAAAAGAAAUGAUCCUUUGGAAACUCAAGUAGUUUUUGAAGGAGAAUAUACUGCAGAGGCCAUUGUUUCUUUUGUGAAACAUUCAAGCUUGCCUAAAUAUGGUGAGCUGACUCCGUUGAACUUCCCAUCAUACUUCAGUAAAGGAAAGCCAUUCCUUAUUGCGUUUAUUGGGAAAGGAAACGCUGAAAUAAAUUCAUUGAUCUCAGAUGUUGCCAAAUCAAAAGACUCUGGUAAGUCAAUUACUGCUGGGUUGACACUUCGUUAAAAGUCAACAGGGAUAUUCUAGAAUCAUACACAAAAAACGACCUUCAUCAAUCACAACAGGCAUCCACUAUAGUUCUUGUCAAUCAUUAUAAGGGAACAGUUUACACAUACUCUGGUGAAUUGAGGAAGGAAAAUUUAAUCUCUUGGAUUGAAAAUUGUUUAACUGAAGCAGUAGAUUUCACAGGAAAACUUGAAGCUAAAGAAUGGAAACCACGUCUUGAAGGCUAUGAUUUUCUUGCAAAGAUCCAGGAAGAAGCUGAACAGAAUAAUGAAUUUUCAGAUCCAUGGGAAGACACUGAAACGAAUAAAAACGACAACAAAGAGGAACGCGAUCAUUCUUCUUUGGAUCCAAGUGAUGAUGAAAAUAAAGAAUUCCAUGCCGUAUUUCGUGAAAAAAAGCAAUCAAGAUUAGAUCAACGUCGUCGGAUUAUUUCCAAAUCCAGCCAUGGCUCUGAAGGCGUUCACACAGAAUUA